ACGGAGGGAGGUCACCUUGGAGGGAGUUUACGCCGGGAAUCGACAAGGAGAUCUGAUCCGACCUCUGAGGGUAAAUAUUUGUGCGCCUCGCAGGACGUCCCGGGGAGAGCAAACCCUCCGAAAUCCGAGUAUAAAUCCUGGCUGGAGUGACGUUCCCGCGAGGAUCGGCAGAGACCAUGGGGCAGGAACCGGUUCUGCUCACCGUGUUGGUGGUGAUUUGUCUGAGCUCGGCAGGGAGUGCCGCUCCGAGUGACGACCCAGUGAUCGAGCAGCUCCUCAACGAGCUCAGAGUGGCCGCCAACUCCUCGGACCCCGUCCCCAGGAUCCUCCUCGCUCUCCGACUGACCACCAAUGUGUCUUCCGAGGUUUGGCCCCUAUGCCAGCGUCUGGAGGAACAGACGGCUCAGGAUGGGAUAAACCUCUCCAGUGGAAUGGCAGGGCUGUACGUCCUGGCGAUGAUUGCCUGCUGCGUCGACCCCUCCCAUGUGCCGGACCCCUCCCCCGGACCCCCCGUCAACCUGCUCGCCAUCCUGUCGGACAAGGUGGACGCGGAGAUGAAGACUGUGGAACUGCACGGACACCCCCUCACCACCUACUACCAGGUCGCCCUGGGCCUCCUGGGUCUCUGCGAGGGAAGGGCCUCGGUGAGCAAGGGCCAUCUCCGGAUCUUCACCGACGUGGUGAUGAAGGGAGAACUCCAUUCCGUCGACACGGAGGCGAUGUCCGCCCUCGCCCUCCGCUGCCUCCAGGACCGGGGCGCCAAGCCCCAGGAAGACGUCCGGGAUGCCCUCAUCAAACUCAUCAUGGGAUUGUACUGUGCACUGACCGACCAGGGCACCAUCGGCAACAUCUACAGCACCGGGCUGGGUAUGCAGGCAUUCAUUGGGAAUAAAGAUUUCAUCCCACCAAGUGUGUGGAACUCCACGGGAGUCCGACGGGAGAUGCUGGCUCAGGCUGAGCAGGGGGCGUUCCGGAUUCCUAUCUCCGCCGCGCAGGUCCUGCCCCCCCUGCUCUGGAAAUCGUACCUGGAUGUGUCUGCGAUUCCAUGCUCCGCCUCCGAACCGGAGAGCUGGUCUCUGCCGGCGACGGGAGAUCCGAUCCUGAUCAGGGUGUACUACACCGUGCAUUGCUCCCAGGACUGCUGGCACUCCAUCCGCCUCGCCGUCCGCAAGGGCGCGACGAUCCUCGACGCGAUGCGUGUGGCUGAGAGGGAACGGCCCCAGUUUAAAUUCAAGCAGAUACCCACCGCCUGGGGUCCCUACAUCACCAGCAUCGGCGGUACUGAGGCCAGCAGCCAGGACCGGACCUACUGGGAGUUCCUGAUCGGGACGCAGCCCAUUCCCGUGGGUGUGGCAGAAUACAAGCUCUCCGACGGAGACCAUAUCUUCGCCAAGUUCACUACGUAUUGAUCGCUAUCACGGGGAGCAUCUGCAGUCAGAGCUCUGUGAACCUCUGGGGAUGGAUUCUGGGCCUCGGACCGACCCGAAUAUCCCGUCGUAACACUGAAAUAAAUUCAUCUGAGCAAA